CGGAUUGGCUAGCUUUCGAAGAAUUAUGCCAAGUUGUGCUGUCGCAGACAUAACGAUAAUUACGCGCUUCAUUGUCCAGUUUUGCAUGGCGGACUUUUUAUUGAACUUCCAAAAGCGUCGAAGCGAGGCGUAAUUUGCCCUACCAGGAAGGUCGUUCUAGCCAGGAAACAAUAAUGAUAUAUGCGUUUCAGUGGCUUCCGCGUUGCAGGUAGAAUGAAAUGGUCGCUGCAGAUUACAAGAUUUUUUAGUAGCCAGAGGUGUCGCAUUGCGAGAAGCGCGUCGCCAGUGCGUAGCACUCGUUGCUUGCCGUAAAUAUAGCCAAUAUAGCGCUGCACACGCACGACCCAGAAAGCGCAUGCGCCGCACAUCUGCGCGCGACGUCGCUAGCGUGCGGGCGAGUGCGCGGCGAACUCGUCGAUACGGCCUUCCUGGGUUGAGAAAUACAACAACAACAAAAAAACAGCCUUAUAGGAAGUCUGCUGGAAGAACAACCACUGGCGCCGGUACACCCUUCCGAAGGCGUCCUCGUACGAGGUAAAAUCCCAGCUUGCAGCGCUGCUGCAGUGCGGACUGGCACAAAUAAAUACGCCACUAAGCCUAGCCGGGCGGAGAUGACGACGACGCGAGUACCCCACCGCUGGCGGACGCGUCGCUAACGCCCCUGCGAAGCACGCUUCCACGCAAGGGAUAAGCGCUGCGGCGAAGCCGACCUCCACAACAUGUUGGAGCCGUCUUCCUCCGAAGAUGAAGGCGGCAGCGACAACGAACCGGUCGAAGAUGAGGUCUCGGAGGCGGCCGCCGUGGUGCUCGAGCUGCCGCGCAGCGUGAGCGCGACACGGAGCCUGUCACCGGCCGCCGAGCCCUCGCCGUCGUCUUCGGCCCAGUCGCGCUCCAACAGCCUGGCGCGGCCGUCCAGCCCGAGCCCGUCGUUGGUGAGCGAGAAGGACGAGACGGCGGAGCGCGAGGAGGAGCUGCGCCGAAAGAAGCGGCUCCAGUUGUACGUGUUCGUGCUGCGCUGCGUCGCCUACCCGUUCAACGCCAAGCAACCGACCGACAUGACGCGGCGGCAGACCAAGAUCACUAGGCAGCAGCUGGAGACUAUCCAGGCCAGGUUCCAGGCAUUCCUGAAGGGGGAGACGCAGAUAGCGGCGGACGAGGCAUUCCAGAAUGCAGUGCACAGCUACGUGGAAGUGUUCCUCAAGAGCGAACGGGUGCAGCGCAUGGUGGCCAGUGGGGCCUGCUCAGCGCACGACUUCCGCGAGGUCUUCCGUGCCAACGUCGACAAGCGUGUGCGCAGCCUGCCUGAAAUGGACGGGCUCUCCAAGGAGACCGUCCUGGGCUCCUGGAUGACCAAGUUUGACGCCAUCUUUCGCGGGGACGAGGACACCCGCAGCCGGACACAGCAGGGUCGAACCCUGCUGCCACACGGCCUGGCCUCCGAGCUGCUGCUCUCGAAGGAGCAGCUGUACGAGAUGUUCCAAGGGGUGCUGAACAUCAAGAAGUUUGAGCACCAGCUGCUCUACAAUGCCCUGCAGUUGGACUCGGCAGACGAGCAGGCUGCUGCCAUCCGGAGGGAACUGGAUGGUCGUGUGCAGAAAGUGAACGAGAUGGAAAAGAACCGGAAGCUGAUGCCCAAAUUUGUGCUCAAGGAAAUGGAGAGCCUGCAUGUCGAGGAGCUGCGGUCAUCCAUCAACCAACUCAUGCUCAACCUGGAGAGCCUGCCUGUAUCAAAAGGAAGUGCUGAAAGCAAGUACGGCCUCCAGAAGCUGAAGCGCUACAACCACAGCACAAACCAGGUGGAAGUGAUGCUACGUGACUGCUUGACCAAGUACCUGCAGGCACCGCUCUGGAUGGUCGUCUAUGAUGCUGUGCUGCUUGCAUGUGCUGCUACGAGCCAGGCCUCCCUUUCCAAAGAAGGUUUGACUGAGGACACUGAGACGACCUUGUCAAAACUGGACAUUGUGCUCUCCUUCACACUGGAGGUGGUGGUGAUGGAGGUGAAGGGGCUGAAGUCGCUGGCUCCGAACCGCAUCGUCUACUGCACCAUGGAGGUGGAAGGGGGUGAGAAGCUGCAGACGGACCACGCCGAGGCCUCUAAGCCCAUGUGGGACACCCAGGGUGACUUCACCACAGGACAGCCCUUGCCCUUGGUCAAGGUGAAGCUGUACACGGAGAGCCCAGGCCUGCUCUCUCUCGAUGACAAGGAGCUGGGCAAGGUGCUGCUGCACCCAAACCCUCUGAGUGCCAAGGCACCCGAGUGGUACCGCAUGGUGGUGCCCAAGAAUGCCCAAGACCAGGACUUGCGUAUUAAGAUUGCCCUGCGCAUGGACAAGCCGCAGAACAUGAAGCACUGUGGCUACCUUUAUGCUCAAGGCAAGCAAGUGUGGAAAAAGUGGAAGAAGCGUUACUUUGUUCUUGUCCAAGUGUCACAGUACACGUUUGCCAUGUGCAGCUUCAGGGAAAAAACAUCGGUGCCCACGGAGCUGCUUCAGCUGGAUGGCUACACAGUGGACUACACGGAGGCACUCACAGAGCUGGAGGGUGGCCGCUUCUUCUUCAAUGCUGUGCGAGAGGGGGACAGUGUGGCCUUUGCGAGUGAGGACGAGAAUGAGUGCCACCUGUGGGUGAUGGCCAUGUACCGGGCAACUGGCCAGUCGCACAAGCCAACGCCCCUCAUCCAGCCACUGGCCAGCAAGAACUCCACCAUCUCACGCAUGCAGGGUGACACCGAGCGUGCCCGGAAGCAUGGCAUGGACGAGUUCAUCUCGGCUGAUCCUAACUGCUUUGACCAUCACUGCCUGUUCCGCAUGCUGCAGACAUUGACCCUCGAUUAUCGACUGGCUGACCCAUAUUGCUCGCUGGGUUGGUUCAGCCCCGGUCAGGUGUUUGUGCUGGACGAGUACGCAGCACGCUACUGUGUGCGCAGCUGCUUUCGUCACCUGUGCUACCUGCAGGACCUGCUCACACGUGCCGAAAAGGGCCUCAUGAUUGACCCAACGCUCAUCCACUACAGCUUUGCCUUCUGCUCCUCGCACGUCCACGGAAACAGUAUCGCCCCGCCAGCUGGCCUGGUCGUUACAGAUGUGAGGCCUGAUGGCAUCGGCACCGUCACCGUCGAGGAGAAGGACAUGUUUGCUCAGGUCAGGGAGCGCCUGCGCAUUCUUCUGGAGCACCAGAUUACUCACUUCCGGUACUGUUUCCCAUUUGGGAGGCCGGAGGGUGCCCUCAAGGCUACUCUGUCCCUGCUAGAAAGGGUGUUGAUGAAGGACGUGAUGACUCCAGCACCUCCGGAGGAGGUGCGUGCCAUCAUUAAAAAGUGCUUGGAGAAUGCGGCCCUCGUCAACUAUACCCGCAUCUCAGAGCAGGCCAAACUACAAGGACACUACCAGGCAGGAGCUACCCAACUGCAAGACCAGGAGUACCACCUUGAGGAGCAGCUGCCUUCCAACCGGAAGCUGAAGGAGCUGAUCCACCUGGCCGAACUGUGCGUGGACCUGCUUCAACAGAACAACGAGCACUACUCCGAGGCGUUUGCGUGGUUCAGCGAUCUGCUGGUAGAGCAUGCCGAGAUCUUCUGGUCGCUGUUUGCGGUUGACAUGGACGCGGUGCUCGCGGAGCAGCCGCCUGACACCUGGGAUAGCUUCCCUCUGCUGCAAGUGCUCAACGAUUACCUACGCAUUGAUGAAAACUUGUGUGGAGGUCGUUUCCACCAGCAUCUGCGAGACACGUUCGCCCCUCAAGUGGUUCGCUACGUGGACCUCAUGGAGUCUUCCAUUGCCCAGUCACUGCACAAGGGCUUUGAGAAAGAGCACUGGGAGAUUAAAGGCAAUGGCUGCCCGUCGUCUGAGGAGCUGUUCUGGAAGCUGGACGCACUGCAGUGUUUCAUCCGAGACUUGCACUGGCCCGAUGAGGUAUUUGCCAAGCACCUCGAGCAGCGGCUCAAGCUCAUGGCCUGUGAUAUGGUGGAGUCUUGCGUCACUAGGACGCUGCAGGCAUUCCAGCAGCUGCAGAGAAAGAGCAAGUGGAAUACAACCGACUACAUCGUGCCCUCAGAGAUGUGCGCCAUGAUCAACGUGGUACUUGAGGCACGCAUCCAGUCGCUCAAGCUGUGCACCGUGGAUGGAGCUGAUGUGCACCAGUACCACAGCAAAAUUGAUGGCCUUGUGGAUGGGACACUUCAAGAGAUGCAGACAGGACUUAUUGCCAAGCUGACCAGCAUGCUGGAGGUGACCUUGGCCAAGCUGUCUCGCUACGAUGAAGGCAGUCUGCUGGCACCCAUUCUCUCUCUCACAUACCGGCAGGGCAUGUCCAGUUCAGGCAAGGAAGUGGGCCAGCAGUACAUAAACUCCGUGCGCAACAGCAUGGAGCAGCUUCGACAGAAGGUCAGCGACGAACUCUGGGUACUCGCCCUGUUUGAGCAAUGGUAUGCUGCCCAGAUGAGCCUGCUGUGCUCGUGGCUUUCGGAGCGUUUGGAUCACGGACUUCACUCAAUCCAACUGUCAGCACUGCUGCACAUUGCUCGGAAGCUGUACUCAGACUUCGAGCUCCAAGGCAUAGAGGAGGAGAAACUCAACUCGAAGGUGUACCAGACCGUGUGCAGCCGGCUUCAACUGGAGGAGGCUGCUGCCUCAGUAUCCGAUGCCAAUAGCCGUGAGAAGGAUGACUCUGAGGACUACCCGGAGACGGGGAUUGAAAGCGAAGCCUCACCACGACGCAAAAUUGUGGCCUCGCUGCGUGACGCAGGCGACGGGGCCGAGGGAUAUGUUCGCAGCAUCCAGAACGUCACACAGUCGGUCACCGAGCACCUGUCGUCGUUGAAGCGCAACGUCGGUGGCAUCGCCAGCAAGUUCGGCUUCUUCAACCUGUGAACACACGCGCAUGGCGGCGCAUGCCUGGUGUAUUUGGUCCGUGCGAGGGUAUGAGCUUAGCGCUGGCCGCCGAAUGGCACUACAUGUCCGCGUUGUUUGACCGCCAGCGCAGCGCGUCGGCAAAAGCAAUGUCUUCCAGUGUGGAUGCGCGACCAUUCCCCCACUCAACGGGAUGGCCCGCUUGUACCCCAGCUGACCAACAUUUAGUGCGCAUAGGUUGCUGCAUUAGCGCAGCAUGCGGAUCGGUACGCACGUUGUCAGUGGUCGUGCACGAACCUAUGCAAGGUGGGGUCAGCUUAGGAGUUGUGAUGCUUCCGCGGCCCCUGCAGUAGUUUGCACUAGGACAGACGCUGCAUGAGAGCAGUCAUAGUGUUGUGUUACAUAUACACACACGGAUACAGAGUGCUGCACUACAAGGCACUUGUUGCAAGAUGUUUGGAUGACCUCAGCUUGCGGGCCAUUCUGUAAUGAGCACAGCGGUAGCAUUGCCAGCACUCUGAAAUGCUGCCAUGCAACGAGCCUUUGCAUCUACCCGGGCGGUUUCACAGCAUUGUUUGUCUCACAUAGCUGAGUAAAGGCCUUGUAGGCCAUCAGAAACAUUGCAGCUUGUACAAGAGACUGCACUAUAAACUUUGUUUAGUAUCUGUACACUAUCGAACAGGAACAGAACACGCAAUCCAAACAACGAACAUUAUUUUUUUUUCACGCCUUAACAGUAGCGAAGCAGUGGGCAUUUCCCCUCUUCAAAGUUGAAAGCUUUAUGUGUAAGAAGCAUAUGCAUUCUUCCUUACAGACUGAUGAUGCAAUGGAGUGUUAUGAUAUCGCAGGCUCCAAAAAUCAGUGCUUCUAAGAAGCCGCGUAUAAGUUAUAUCUGGCAACCUGAAAAACUUUUUAUUUGCACAAAAUCUUUUGUGAUUCCGUGAAAUGCUUGAAAAUGCUUCCGUGAGCACGAAAGAUCAGAUCAAACAAAUGGUUGGUCAUAUGACUUGGAGCACAUGGCUACUCCACACGAAGCACUAGCCCCUGUGAGUCAGUCUGCGUUUUUGCGAACACAUCUACUGGAAACAACUCACAGCUGCAUUUUAUUGGACGUACUUCCCUCUCUCAAAAAUAAGUUUCUUCUUUAACUGCAGUGCUUUAUUACGUGUUGUUGUUACUUAUGUUUCGUGAAGUUUCUCAUCAGAGAUGUGUGUAACGUCUACUGCGCUUUAUUUUGUGCAGCUUUUUAACAGUAAAAGCGUAGUCAUCUAAAUGCGCAUAUUUAUAUAUAAUGCUUUUGGCAGCAUGAGCCCGUGGUAUCACUAGACCAUUUCUGUCUAUGUUUCGAACUACACGCUGUUCUGAGCGCUUAUGCGAAUGCUUCAUUUGCUGUUUAACUGUCUGAGCCUCUGAAUCAACCUGAAGCAUACUUAUUUCUAUGAAGUAUUGAAGAAAUCACAUGAUUGUUGUCUUUUUACAUGUUCAGUCCUAGUUCAACAUGAAUUGGUUGCUGCAGUUGGAUGAAGAAAUUAGAAUCAGAAUGACAAUGUGGGCGUCUUUACCUCCAUCUGCUCAGCCACUGCAACGAUAGCAUUUGUUGCUUGUGUUAAUUGCUCGAGCUCUGACUUCAGCUUGAGUUUCUGAGUGGGCUGCUCAGGCAACUGCAAUCACUGUAUAUGUUGACUUCAUGACUUCAUUUUAGGCGUUUUUGCAAUGUGAAGCACCUAUGUGGUUCAAUUUCCUGAAAGGAUUUAUUUUAUUUCACGGUAAUGCUUGUUGUCGUAUGCUAAGCUAUUUGUUUACUGUGGCUUUCCCUUUUAGCAAUUCAGCAUUUUACAAGUUCCAACUUUGUUUAUGAUCCUAUAAUGCUGGGGGGGGAUGAAUGAAUUUUCACUAAUCUGAUAAGACUGGUAAAUCGGCGCUCAAUUGCGUUAACGAUGUGCAAAGUACAGAUGCCUAAGUUGCAAGUCAGCCUUAGCCAUUUUCAGAGCAGUUGAGACAGUUUCCUUCUAUUUAUUUAUUUAUUUAUUUUUCCACGUGGCAGAACAGAUUCUGUGUACUUAUGGCCCAUUUCUUCAGACAUUUUUGUCGAUCAUUAAGCAACCCUUUUACUUUGUCAGUCACAAGGUUGUACAUGAAAUUAAUUGCUGUUUAUGAAUGCUAAGUGCUGAUAGUGUAUGUUGCUAUACUGAAAUUUGCUGUUGGAGCACAAAAACAGUGGAUGUCUGUACAUUUGCUGAGCGGAUGGUACACUAGAGCCUGCUUUGGAGUAUUUGCUUUUUCGCAAGAGCUUAGCAGUCAGCAGUUCUUGCCCUGUUUUGUUGUUCGCUUCCCCAAGCUAGGAGAGGACAAACCAAGCCUACUAUUUUCCGUCAGUGCAUUAAGUGGACAAACCGGUUUUAUACUAAGUCAUAUGUGCCGUGGUUAGGCUGCAUGUUGGUUUGCAUUGCAAAGGCCACGAGUGCACCAAGUCUAAUAUGAACACACCUCACACCACUGCAUUGAACAUUCUUUCGAAUAGCCCCACUUGCUUGUCAUAUCUUUUGGCACUCAAAUGGGUGCACUUUAUUAUUAGUCGUUUGUGUCGUUAUUGCUGUGCAGCACCAUCAAAAUCAAGGGACUUGGCUGAGUGCUGCACUUGGAUUGCAGCAAGUUUAAUUUCCAAGCAUAUUGCUGGUGAUGCAUGCAGGAAGAGCAGUUCGUAUUAGUGGUCUGUUAAACCACCAGACCAAGCAAUGAAGACACGCACUUUCAAAUAAGAACUUUGCAUAUCCUGCUUAUAGCAAUGUGCUAUAGAGAAUCUACCCAAUCAAAAGGAAAACAAAGGCACAUGUCACAAGCUCCACCUAUGCUUUAAUGCAACUAUGCCCUCGACACUGUUCUCAGAUUAACUUUAACAACGAUGUUGAUAUAGCAUAUAGCUGGUCCUUGAGUCAUAAAUAUGACUUGUACAGAGUAUACUAUAUUGCAUUACUGUGUCUGUUAUGUAUUUUUGCCUUGUUUCUUAUGUUUGAUUCGCUUACUAAAUGCACUAAAGUGUUUGCAUAUCUAUUAGGCUUAUUUCAUGUUUUUCUGCUGCCUUGGAAAGUUGAGCUAUCCAGAUAACACAGAGAAAAUGUGUAGUUUGUUUCGCCAUGAAGCCCUGAGCUGCUUAAUGGUUGAUCUUCAAAUAAAACAGAAUCUCCGUUGCACCUGA